AUGCGGAGCGACGGGCGGCCCUGGCGCGUGCUGGCAGUUGUCACCAAAGGGCUCUUCAUCCUCUGGGCGGUGCCGGGCCAGGGGGGGCGGCCCCUGCAGCCCCCCACCCUGCAGCAGAUCCAGGCGCUGGUGAGGCACAUGGCCGAGGAUGCGCAGGAGCUCUUCAACUUCUACGAGGAGGACCAGAGCCUGGCCUUCCACCACCUCUGCCGCACCAACCGCCCUCCCGAGUGGCUGCGGGGUCCAGUACUGGGGUCCAGGGGGCUGCGGGGACUGCGGGGGACCAUGACCCGCAUGGCCCAGGCGCUGCAGGACAUCACCCGGCAGCAGCGCGACCUCAACCCGCCCGGCGCCGAAAUCCUGCGCCGCUUGGCCAGCACCCACCUGAAGGUGCGAGGGCUCCUCAGCAACCUGGAGGGGCUCUUCCCAGCAUCCCAGCCGGGCCCCCGGCCUGCGCCCGGCCCCACGGCACCCACCAGGGUGUUCCGGCAGAAGCUGGAGGGGUGCCGGCUCCUCUGGAGCUACGCGCGCUUCAUGGCCAAGCUCAACGCUCAGCUGGAGGCUCGGAGCCGCCGAGCGCGCAGGGACAAGUGGAGAACGCGCCGGGGCUCGCAGCUGCCUGCACGCUCCUAGAGCAGCCACUGGAGCAUCUCAUCGUCGCCAACUCCAUCAUCUCCAUCAUCUCCAUCAUCUCCAUCAUCUCCAUCAUCUCCAUCAUCUCCAUCAUUUCCAUCUUACCCCAUCCCUUUCUCUGCGAUGGACACUUGCCGGCUGGCCGGGAUGCACUAUGAGAACCCUCUAAGCUCGCAGGGGUGAGGACGCCGGCGUGCUCGGAGCAGCUCCCAUCACCUCAGCUUGCCAUGGGGACCGAGCUGUCCGCGUGCCACUGCUCACCCGGCUGCAGGACAGCCCCGCUCUUCUCCCAGCAGCUCCCCCAUCUCCUGCCCCACGUUUCGGUGCCAUGGGGAGCUGCACGCUCUGGUGUCGCCAGUGCCACCGCUGUGGGAUGGAGCCGGCCCUUGUCACUGAGCUCUGCCGGAGUUUCCAGUGAUUCAGUGGGUCUGGUGACCCGGCCUGACUAAGAGCCAGCAACAGCCUGCCCAGCCCGGCCUGCACUGGGGCUGCUGGCCCCUGAGAGCAUCUGGGAGUGGGACCCUGUGUGCUCAGUGUCCCUGUGUGCUCGGUACCCGUGUGCUUGGUGUCUCUGCAUACUCCAUGUCUCUGCAAGCUCGGUGUCCUUAUGUGCUUGGUGUCCCAUCAAGCUCUGUGUCUCCACAAGCUCAAUGUCACUGUGCUCAUCUCUGUGCUCAUCCCUGUGCUCUCAGUGUCCCCCAUGCUUGGUGUCCCUGCGCUUGUGCCUGUGUUGUGCCUCUGUGCUCACUCUUGCACAUUUGGUGUCCCUGUGCUCUGGGUGUCCCCGUGCUCUGGGUGUCCCCCUGCUCUCAGCAUCCCCAUGUCCUCGAGGACCCUGGGCUCAUCCCUCUGUGCUCAGUGUCCCUGUACCUUCAGCGUCCCCAGGCCCCUCGGGCUGUGCCAGGCAGGGGCCAGGCUCCAGCCACUGCACUGUGACACUGGGUGGUGGCACCCGCACACUCCCAUUAAUUUAUACCGUAUUAUUUGUGUGCUAUUGUAUUUAUUGACUCCUGGUGUUAAUUUAAUGUGUCCCAACGGUGGGAAGAGAUAUUUAAGGAUGUGUUUUUAAUAUAUAAAUAUCUAUUUUUGUGAUAAAUCUUAUUUUGUAUCAACUCUGAAUGUGACGAGGGUUUAUUUAUGGAUUUCACUAUAUUUUGGUACUGUGAGAAGGGCAGAGCCCGGGUCUGUGUAAUGACACAGGAAAUAAAGCACUGACCUCGGCCCGUGGGCCCUGUGUCCUGGUAUCC